AUGUCUGCAUCUUCGAGUAGUACUACUGAUGGUCGAGCAUUACAUGUUUAUCGAGUACCUGUAUAUCAAAAACAUACACGUGGUUACGAUAAUCAUAUAUCAAUUCCACAUGUUCGAUCUCCAUCACCUGAUUCAAAAAUUUAUGUAUCUCGACGACGUCAAUCAACACCUCCAACAUCAACUGUACGUAUUGUUGAAGUAAAAUCUCCAAAACCAACUACAUAUAUUAAACGUUAUUAUCCUCAUACAAGAACAACACGUAUUAUUAGAGAACGAAGUCCAAUUUCAACAGAAUCUGAUUCAGCUUCAUCAAUAUCAUCUCCACAACCAGUUUCAUUAGUAAAACAACGACAACAAGAACCACGUAUUGUUCGUAUAGCUACGACUUCGACAAAUACUGAUUCCAAUACUGAUGUAAUUGUACCUAUUACUAAGAAAAAUCGUCGUACACUUGCUGAAACACCAGUUGCUAUUGUAUCUGAAACUCCACUUGUUAAUCGUGGUACAUCACCAAGAAAACAAUGGAAAAAACGAGAUAAAACUAUUCCACUUGAUGUUGAACGUGAUGUUUAUAUAUCUGAUGAAGAUUAUUAUGAAGAAGCAUUUGCUGAUGGUACAUAUAAACCAAAAUCUUAUAAAUUUUGUAAAUGGUGUCAUGGAAAAUGUGCUCGUCGUUGUCCACAUUGUAAUUUUUGUGAAUGGUAUUAUAGUUGUCCAUGUUGUUGUUGGCUUACAUGUUUACUUUUAUCAUUGGGAUUCCUUAUUGGAAUUUUUAUUCUACUUGGAUUUUUACCAGAAACAAAUCCAUCGCGACGUCCAGUUAAUACUCAAGAAGUAAAUACAACUAUAAAUGCGAUACAACAAAAUUUACCUUGUGAUCCAAUUACGACUUAUAAUGCAUCAAGUACAUUAAUUCGAUGUAUUGAUACAACACCUGUUUACAUUUAUACUGUAGUUGCACAAACGUAUAGCAGAGCAUUUCGAUUACAUAUAAUUAAUUUUCAAAAUUUAUUAUAUGUUUUAUGUUUAUUGAUUUUUAUAUUGCUAGAAAAUCGAUUUAAUAAAUAA